AUGUCACCACUGGAAUGUUCUGAGUGCUUGGGUGACCAAAAUCUGCACAGAGCUUACACCUGGCACGUUAUACUGGUAUUACACAGGUCAAAUUUUACAAUACAGAGAGAUACCAAAUCUGAAAACCUAGAAUUUUUCAUCAAUAUGAUUCUACCUAAGAGGGGCACAGCCGAACCUUUUCUGAGGCUCCACAACUUGUACCCUACCCCACGCUGUUCCCGGCAGACUGCCCUGCCCAGGCCGAGCCGCCGGGGGGUGAGUCAACAUUCUUACCCAUUGAACCGCUUUUCCUCCAUGCCUUUGGACCCCAUGGAACGACCCACCUCCCAGGCUGACCUGGAGCUAGAUUACAACCCUCCCCGGGUGCAACUCAGCGAUGAGAUGUUCGUCUUCCAUGAUGGGCGCUGGGUGAAUGAGAACUGCCGCCUGCAGUCCCCCUACUUUUCGCCAACCACCUCCUUCCACCACAAGCUGCAGCAGAAGAGACUGGCCAAGGAGAUCCUGCUGCAAGAGGAGAACAAGACCCUGCGUGAGGAGAACAAGGCCCUGCGAGAGGAGAACAAGACUCUCCGCAAGGAGAAUAAGAUCUUGCAUGUCUUCUGGGAGGAGCACAAGACCAGCGGCCUGAGCAGGCAGGAGAGCAGAGUAUCCUCCCCAAGGCUGCACAAGGACAACACAGCCAGUGAGGUGGCGAAGAAAGACAAUGCAGGCAUGCAGGCCCACCGCAGCAGUCAGGACAACAGCACCCUGGAGCUGCUCAGGGAGGAGAACCGGGCCCUGCAGCAGCUGCUGGAGCAGAGGAAGGCCUACUGGGUGCAGGCCGAGGAGAAGCUGGUGCCAGCUGAGGAACACAAGGAGUUCUCGGGCCAUGAGGAGUCACACGGCCCCAGCUUGCCUGAUCAAGGCCCUGGGCACACUUCCCCAUUUGAGGAGCCCAAGGGAGCCUCCAGCCCACAGGAAGACUCCAAGACCCUCUAUGCCCUGAGAGAGAUGGUCAACAAUCUGUCAGGGUCUUCAGCUGAGGAGGAGGAGGUGAAGUGCCAGAGCAUGCAGGAUAGCAGCCAGUCACUGAAGCUGCUGAGAGAGAUGAACCAGGCCUUGCAGGCGCUGCGUGAGGAGAACCAGAACCUGCAGAUUCUCCGUGAGGAGAACAGAUUGCUGCAGGAGGAGAACCGGGCCCUGCAUGUGCUCCGCGAGGAACACCGGCUCUUUCAGGAGGAGAACAAGGCCCUGUGGGAGAACAAUAAGCUGAAACUGCAGCAGAAGCUGGUCAUCGACACGGUGACUGAGGUCACCGCCCGCAUGGAGAUGCUCAUUGAGGAGCUCUAUGCUUUCAUGCCAGCCAAGAACAAGGACCCCAAGAAACCUAGCAGGGUCUGA